ACUGUCUCAUUACCCACCCUCUUCUUCACAAGACCAAACACAACUCCACCAAAAUGCGUUACACGACCACCAUCUUCGCUGUCUUCGCUGCCGCCGCCAUGGCCGCGCCUGCUUCCCUCAACGUCCGCGGUGACGAGAUCUGUACCCCAGUAUCCUACACAAUCUCCGACUACACCCUCACCACCUCGCCCAUCUCCGGCACCGUCGACUUCACCUUCCAGUCUUCCUUCUCCGUCGGUACUCUCGAUGACCCAGUGCAGUCCGGUGCUCACUGCGGCGCAUCCGGCGCCUCAGUCCCCAACUCCAACGAGUGCCAGGUUGCCAACCGUCGUCUCCUGUUUGACCUUCGUGGACCCCAGGAGCAGGCUUACUACCAGAUUACUCAUACUUGGUCUUGCAACGGGAGCACUUGGAUGUCUGGCAACGCUGUCAGGAUCGACCCGCUCAACUGCCAUACCGAGGGUGAAAGCCGUGUUUGCACUGGUGGUCCUCAGACUUUUGCGCCUCAGAACGUACGCAAGAUUUGCUCUACGCCUACUUGCCCGACGGCUUGAGGUGAUACCUGCGGUCCGCAAGGAUGCUUCCGAGUAGAGUUUCUUCUCCUUGAGUGCGGUGAUUUGCAUGCAGUGAUAUGUGCAUAAAAGUAGUAUAGCGAAGGCUCUGUUAUUAGCUAGAUACUAGGAAUAUCUAAAUCAAGCGAAUGAUGAAUGAAUAAACGAUAUGAUUACUC